AUGACACGCAGCGAUAUCUUCGACAACGACAAACAACCAACAGAAGAUAAGCCACAGACAACCCCCACAAGUCGCAUCGCUUCCCCGCACCGGUUCCGCAGGCAACACAGCAUGGCCGUCCAAUCAGCAAUGGGCGCAGGCCUACGUCGCCGCCGUCCUGUUGUUCUUAUAGGAGCCGUCCUGGCGCUUCUUACAGUUUACAUUUUAUACACUCGCUCAUACGGGACUGCCAUGGGACGACAUAUAUCACCGGACGUAGCUGGAGACACGUCUAGUGCACCAGUACCAGUACCAGCACCAGCACCAGCACAACCACCGACCCAAGAUGACCAGAAGUCGGCCAAUGGCGACGCAAAGCCGGCGGAGGAAGCGGCGAGCAACUCACCAGCUCAGAAACCCGAAAAGCCACAAGGUGGCGAUAAGCCCACAGAGGAAUCAGCUCCCAAGCCACCUGUUGGGGAAGUAGUAGAGCAGAAGCCCCUUGCGGAAAUGUCGUACGGCACGGCGGUGCGUCCGCCCUUCAAGGCCAUGCCGAAGUUCGUCGCGGAAUUGCCAGAGGAUCUAGUACCGCAAAUCCCGAAGGAUGGACAGGGCAGCGAUGGCGGCAGCCACCCGCGUGCCAAGAGGCUAGUGAUCGUUGGAGAUGUGCACGGCCAAAAGACGGAGCUGGAGGCCCUGCUCAAAAAGGUCAAAUUCGAGCGCGAACAGGGCGAUCACCUCGUACUGGUGGGCGACAUGGUCAACAAAGGUCCCGACAGCGCCGGCGUCGUUGACCUCGCGAUGCGGCUGCGCGCAAGUGCUGUGCGCGGCAACAAUGAAGACCGGGUUAUCCUUGCGCACCGCUCCAUGAAGAACAAGCUGGUCCCAGGCACUGAAGGCGACGAUGGCCCCGGUGCUUUUGGCGUGUCUGCCGAACCAGAUGUGCACGAAGAAGUUGACAAGGACGCACCACUCAGCUUCGCCCUACCCGAACCGGCCACUGACACGCUGGAGCAAAAUCCCUUCUCCCAUGGCGACCAGAGCGACCGCACCACCGUCUACUCCCUAACACCCUCGCAGCUCAACUGGCUUUCGAACCUGCCCGUGAUUCUACGUAUCGGAACGAUCCGCGAAUCGCCCUUUACCAACCUCGUUGUAGUCCACGCCGGCUUGGUCCCGGGAGUGGAGCUAAAAAUGCAGGACCCGUGGGCUGUCAUGAACAUGCGCACGUUCGUGUACCCAGGCCGCGAAGCUCGUCGUCAGCGCGUCAAGAGCGAGCUUCACGAAGCCGAGAAGAAGCGCACGGGCAACAAAGAUGCGCCCGGUCCGUCAGACGAGCAGGUGGACACGGAGCUGGCCAACCGACUCCGCGACGGCAAGGAGCAACCCGAUUAUCACGACGAAAUUGUGUUGCCGAUUGAGGGCCGCGAUGGAGAACAGUGGUCUGAUGUCUGGACCAAAUACCAGAAGAAUAAGGUGGAAGACGAGAAGGAGCGCAUGACUGUGGUGUAUGGUCACGACGCUAAACGCGGGCUUAGCGUGCCCAAGGAUGCCAAGCCGGGGACCACAUUCGGACUCGACACCGGGUGCGUUUACGGUCGAGAGCUGACGGCGUUGGUGAUCGAGGCGUCCGAGAAGGGCGUUACGUAUGAAACGGUGAAUGUCGAGUGUCAGAAAGGCACCGAUGAGAAGAAGAAGAAGAGAAGCCGCAGCCGCAGUCCCAAAGACGAGGGACGGACCUGA